UUAAUCACCGUAAAGCAGCGAGAACUCGCGCAGGUGGAAAUCCCGCAAAGAUCCACCGUAAACUGCCGAUAAAGUCUCAGAAACGCCCGGACGGUGAUCGGUGAUGGCGCUUUAAUGGUUUGAGCGACGGAGCUGCGGGAAUCAGCGAGCUGAGCUUCAUCUUCAUCAGUUUGACCGCAGACUGCGACGGAACCGAGCCUGAGCCGCGUGUGUGUUCGACAUGCCGAGCAAGAAGAAGAAAUACAACGCCAGAUUCCCUCCGAUCAAGCUCCAGAGACUGAAUGACUGCACAGUCUUUGUGUUUGGUUUUGCAGGCCAGGAUCAAGAAGAUCAUGCAGACGGAUGAAGAAAUCGGAAAAGUCGCCGCAGCAGUUCCUGUCAUCAUCUCUCGUGCUCUGGAGCUCUUCCUGGAGUCUCUGCUGACCAAAGCGUGUCACGUCACACAGUCACGCAACGCCAAGACCAUGACCACCUCACACCUGAAGCAGUGCAUCGAGCUGGAGCAGCAGUUUGACUUCCUGAAGGAUCUGGUGGCGGCGGUUCCUGACAUGCAGGGCGAGGGAGAGGAGAACCACACGGAGGGAGAGAAGAUCCCACGCAGAGGUCGUAAGCCCGGCUCAAGUCGUAAGAACGGAGGCACUGGAGCCAAAGGCAAAGACAAGAAACUCUCAGGCACCGAAUCCGAGCAAGAGGAUGAUUCAGAGGAGAGUGAGACGGACGGAGAGGAGGACGAGGACACGUCUCAAACCAGCACAAACACACAGCCGGCAGUGUUCUUCCACAGCGCGGCGCGGGGGUCUCCGCAGGCGUCUCUGAUGACUUCUGUCCCUCUCCCGCUCCAGACGCAGGACGAGGACGAGGAGGACUACGACUCCUAGCUGCUCUUCUCACACACACAUCCUCCAUCACACACCUCUUAGGUUUUUUAAUCUUAUUUUAUUGAGGCUGUUUUAUUGAGUCGGCCUGUCUUUCCUCCUCUUUUUCUUUGGAUGAACGGCCCAGAAGCGAGUCCCGUGUGUCUUUGGUUGUCCUCCGUCUUCGGUCCUGUUUUAAGAGCAUAUCACUCGAGAUGUUUUGGUUGGUUUUAGCAGCGGAUGCUCCUUGAGUUUUUGUGUUGGAAGGGAAAUACAGAGCGGACAGUUCUGUUCUUUUGCUUUUGUGACUUCUUCUGUUUCUGGUUUUUGUCCUUUUUAAGCUAGUUUUACGAUUAAAGCUUGUGUCUUGCAGCGAUGAAACUGUCCAGCGGCGCUUUCAUGCAGUUUUAACUGGUUCUGUUCCAGGUUGUUCAUCGGAUGUUGGUUUGGUUUGAGAGCACUCUCUGUUCAUUUCCCCGUCGAUGCACAUUUGUCUCUGAUUUCCCCUUUGUUUUAUAUCUUUUAGUCUCUUAAUGUUUGUGACGCUGGAGAGAGUCUCGUGACUUCUCUCGUCUGUUCGCUUUUAACCUUCUCUUGAUUUUGUAUGAGUGAAAUAAACUUUGAGGUUUGAGUAA